AUGACCGCUACGGGGCCUUCUCCCGUCAUUGCCGACCCCUCUCCGCUGGGUUCCCCUCUUCCCUUCGAGUUUUCUGGCCGGACAGCGCCUAACCGCUUUCUCAAGUCGGCCGCCACCGAAAAGGUAGCCACCUAUGACCCAAACGACAGGCUCUCCAGCGGCAUUCCCAACGAUGAACUGUUCCGGCUGUACGGUACCUGGGCGUCAGGCGGCUUCGGCACAAUCGUAACCGGCAACAUCCUCAUCGACCCUGACCACCUCGAGGGCCCCGGUAACAUGAUCAUCCCCGUCGACGCACCGCUUGACGGUCCCCGCUUCGAAGGAUUCCGCCGUCUGGGAUCUGUCGGAAGAGAACAUGGGUCUCUCUUCAUCGGCCAAGUCAACCAUCCCGGCCGCCAAUGCAUCUACGCCCUGCAACCCAAUCCCAUCUCAGCCUCUGACGUUCAACUGCUCGUCGACAUGUUUGGUGCAACCUUUGGCAAACCGCGUGCUGCCACCAUCGAGGAGAUCCGAUCGACCGUGGCGGCCUUUGUCCAUGCGGCGGUGUACCUCGACAAAGCAGGCUGGGACGGAGUCCAGCUUCACGGUGCCCACGGGUACCUCAUCGCACAAUUCUUGUCCUUGACCACCAACCUCCGCACUGACGCUUAUGGCGGGUCCCUUGCCAACCGGGCGAGGAUCAUCACCGAGAUUGCCGCUGGCAUCAGGGAGCAAUGUCGAAAGGGCUUUAUUCUCGCCAUCAAGAUCAACAGCGUCGAGUUCCAAGCCGAUGGGUUCACCGUCGAGGAGGCGUCCGAGCUGUGCGAGAUCUUGGAGAAGGCAGGCUUCGACUUUGUGGAGCUCAGCGGCGGAACAUACGAGGAAAUGGCGCUGGCGCACAGGCGAGAGUCGACCAAAGCCCGGGAGGCAUUCUUUUUGGAUUUCGCAGAAAAGAUUGCGCCGCGCCUGAACAAGACCAAGGUCUAUGUGACUGGGGGUUUCAGGACUGCCAAGGGCAUGGCGGACGCGCUGCAGAGUGUGGAUGGUGUUGGAAUGGUGAGGGCUGUUUGCAACAAUCCGAAUCUUCCAGCCGAGAUACUGGAGGGCAAGAAGACAGCUGCGCCGGUGAUUGCUGGGGGGGUGUAUUUUGACGAUUUUCUUCUGACGGGGGGCUUGGCGGGGCUGCAGAUGCGACUGAUGGGGCAUUCGUUGCCUGUGCUCAAUGUUGAGGAUGACGCAGAGGUCGAAGAGUUCAAGAAGGCGCUGGAGUCGAAUCUGAAGGGACUUGUGAAGGGAGGGUUGUUUGAGAAUAUGGACCUUGGGUUUCUAGGGGCGAGAGGACCUGAUGUUGAGAGAAGAGUGCGAGAUAUUCAGGCUUCCAGGGCCACACUGCGCUAA